AUGGAUGACCAGACUGCCGAGUUGGGCAAAUACAUUGCAAAGUUUCACAGCAAAAGCCAUCAUCCCGUCUUCCGCACCGAUAAGCAGCCUCUCCUGAAAAAGGGACAGAAGAACCGAGUCUUGGUCUAUGCAGGAUGCUUCAAUCCCCCUCACCUCGGUCACUACAAUAUUCUGCGACGCGCCUUUGAGGCGAGCCGGGACAUCAACGUCAUCGCCGCCAUCAUCCUCCCCCUCGACGACGAUGUCUUGGAGGCCAAGUGCAAGAGAAAGGGCCAGAGCCUCGUUCUGUCAAAGGCCCAACGGGCAUGCCUCUGGCGAUUGGACGCGAGGUUCAUGCCCGAAUGGUGGGUGCACAGCGGCAGCACGGACAGGUGGGACAGGCUGCGGAGGAGACUGGAGGAGGCGAUCGAGAUGGACGGGUUCGAGAUCCAGUUCACCGCCGUCCUCGGGCCGGACUAUGUCGCGCGGUCCGAGCAGUACGACGGGUAUUGCUGGGACUGCCACGAAACCAUCACAAGCGACGCGGGCAGAUCGAGCGACCUCGUCAAGCCCGACGGGUCUCUCUUCACGCUCCUCCCCUACUUCACGCCCUAG